CACGGUCUGUCCCCAAUGCCAGCUCCGACCCCAUGUACCCUGGAUAUUCAAGACUCAUUUUGGCCGGACUUGUGGUACUUGCAACCUUGCAAGAAGCCGAGUAUGAACUUUCAUAAGGCAUGGCAAGCUGGCUUUACAGGAAAAGGGGUUUUAAUUGCAAAUGUUGAACUCAAUGUCAUAACAGCGCACAGGGAUUUAGCUGCAAAUAUAGAACUCGAGCUCUCCUAUGAUUACCUUGGGGACGACCCUGACCCUAACCCAGACCCAGAGGAUAUUGUCCCGCCAUGGCACGGAACAGCGACGACGUCAGUUAUUGCCGCUGUUAAAAACGACUUUUGUACGAUAGGAGCAGCUUAUGAAUCAAAAAUUGCAGCGCUGAAAGUGGUUGGUCCCGAUCAAACGGAUUUCAUCACUGCUAGUGCUCUUCAACAUGAAGUGAAUAAAGUGGACAUUUACAGUAACCAAUGGGGAUAUGUCCGAGAUGGCCGAGGGUAUUUUCAAUUUGGCGAAAUAGUGCACGAUGCAGUUCGCCAGGGCGCUUCUGUGGGACGCAACGGCAAAGGUUCAGUAUAUGUUUUUGCGGUCGGUAAUUCGAAUGCAGAUUUUGAAGAUCCAAACACAGAAACCCUUGGACAGUUACCUGAAUCUAUUCUUGUCGGUGCUAUCAGCGAGAGUGGGACUCCCACAUCCUACACUCACCCUGGAGCCGGUGUAAUGGUCGUUGGUUACAGCGGAGAUAUACAUCCAAUUACUAUUAGCAAUGUUAUUGUUGCAUUUCUUAAUGAUGGUUGUCUGUCUGGAUUUUGGGGAACAUCCUUCUCCGCCCCUCUUGUAACUAGCGCCGUUGCUUUGACUCUUCAAGCGAACCCUAAUCUGAACUGGAGAGAUGUUCAACAUAUUUUGGUUGAAACAGCAAACAUGGACAAUAUUAUGCAAUCGAAAGAAGAACCGAUUUUUCGAAAUGGAGCGGGUCACUUAGUUGGAAACUAUCUAGGCUUUGGUCUUGUCGAUGCAGAAGCAAUGGUGACCAUAGCACAAUCAUGGGUACAUGUUGGGGACCAGGUCACCUGUGACACAGGAUAUAUAGACGUAAAUGGUUCUCCGACGACCGGCGAUAUAACCAGUUUGUUAACUCCGGCCGGAUGCAACAUAAAGCUUUUGGAACACGUGGUUGCCACAAUUCAGUUCGAGGCAGCUGUGGUUGGGAACGUGGCCAUAUUUCUGGAGUCACCAUCUGGGACUUCCAGCAGGUUGAUGAGGUUUCAGCCACUGAACACAGGACCAUCGACCAUUUGGUUUGAAUCUUGGACUUACAAAAGUGUCCAGUUCUGGAACGAAAAUCCGUCUGGCACUUGGACUCUUACCAUGAAAGAUGCAGGACAAACAGAAAAGAAACUUACAAAAUGGAAAAUUGUACUUUACGGAGUUGCGGACGUUACUCCAGGCACGUUUGGUGGUCCUUGUGACGGGACUGGGAACAACGAAUGUUCCAAGGAUCCACUAGCUACCUGUAUGGGCGGCAUGUGCAUGUGCGGUCAAGGCUCUCACCAGGUCACCAGGGUAUGCAGGGCAGACAAGGCGCCGACUAACUGA